AUGCAACAACGUCGUGAAGAAAUCCUGGCCAAGAAGGCAAAGCUCGCAGAACUCAAGCGGCAGAGGGAGCUCCGAGCAAACCAAGCAACAGCAACUCGCCAGAGCAUAGGCAGCCCCAGCGAGCUCAUCGCACCACAACCGGGGCGUGGCGACAACCGCCGCGAUAUCGAAGCUCUUAUCAAUACCCUCGUUGGAGAAAGCCGCCCUGGAUCCACGACCACAGGAGGCGCCGCAUCGCCGGCGCAUAGGGGCAGCCGGCCCAACAGUGUGCUGUCCGCUGGGGAGAUUAGCAACGAAACAUCGGAAGUCGCCAUAGCAUCUGCAUUGCAGCCCGCGCCCCCGCCUCCUCCUCCGCCACAGUACUGGCAUCAUACACGAAGAAACCCUUCAGCGCCACACGAUCCCGAUGGCUUGGUGCAAGUUUGGAGCCAUGCGAUGCACGACAGGCCAGAAUUCGUUUUCCAUGCCCAAUCCGACGUGCUGACCGCCAAAUUCUCGCCAUAUCAUCGGAACCUGAUCGUUGGAGGAUCCUACAGUGGUCAGGUCCUACUUUGGGAUACGAGAGCGAAAUCGGCGCCUGUACAAAAGACGCCGCUGACGGGCUACGGCCAUACGCACCCCAUUUAUUCGGUCGAUAUAGUCGGCACUCAAAACGCCAAUAAUAUCAUUUCGUGCUCCACGGACGGCAUCGUUUGUGGAUGGAGCAUGGAUGUCUUUGCACAGCCGCAAGAGACUCUCGAGCUCAAGGCACCACCAUCGUACAAGAUCGACGACGUCAGCCCGACCUGUUUGGCCUUCCCCCAGGCAGAUCCCACGUUCUUUUUGGUGGGUAGCGAGGAAGGCUCCAUCUUUCCUUGCCACAGGUAUGAUAGAGCCGGCGCCAAGGCUGGCAUCGAUGCCCGGUUCAGCUACAAGGGACACACGGCGCCGGUCAUGUCAGUCGACUUCCACCCUGCCCGUGGCCCCGUCGAUCUCGGCGACCUGGUCCUGUCGUCUUCUCUGGACUGGAGCGUGCGCCUGUGGAAGGUCCGUGCCCCUGCUGCGACAUCAACAGCGGGAGGCGAGGGCACCGUGUCGCCGCUCAUCGACUUUGUUCGUGAGGACGUGGUCUACGAUGCGAAAUGGUCGCCCAUCAAGCCUGGUGUCUUCUCACUCGUCGACGGCGCUGGUUGGCUGGAACUCUGGGACAUCACAGUCGAGACGGAAGAGCCUGUUGCCAGGAUAUCGCCCAGCGCUCGCAAGGAUGGAAGGACCAUGCUUUCGAAGAGCUUGAACAAGGUAACAUGGGAGCCUUCGGAGGGCAAGCGCCUGGCGACAGGUGGCAUCGACGGAGCUUUGACUGUGUUUGAAGUCGCUUCUGGCCUCGGUGGUACGGACGAUCUGAAAGCAGAAGAGUGGACAAAUGUCAAGAAACUGGUGAACCGAGUGGAGGCCGUUGGCGCCAACGGUAUCGUGUCAGCGUAG